CCCGACUGAGCUUUUUUGAAAAAAUAUCUAAACACCGCAGCGCUGCGGUAGGAGCUAACGGGAACAGCGCGCUAAUCGGUGAUGAGGGUCAGUGAGUUUGAUUCCUCUGAUGAAGAGGAUGGAGGUGAUGAAGAGUCCUACACUCCUCUACAGAUCUCCUGGUUGUCCUUGUCGGUGGUCGACUGCUCACAGUUCCUGGGUAUUUGCUCUUUACCAGGAUGCAGAUAUAAGGAUAUCAGGAGAAACCUGGAGAAAGAUGUGGGCGAGCUGUGUGCGCAUGGUGUACAGGACGUGUUUGUGUUGUGUGAGAGGGCGGAGCUUGUGCGUUACAGGGUGCCGUGUUUGUUAGAGUGUUACACUCGCAGUGGACUCAGCGUGCACCACCUGCCCUUCCCUGACGGGGGCGCUCCUGAGCUGCACCACUGCAUUCGCAUCCUGGACGAGCUGCAGCACUGCUUACACACCCAGCGCCGCAUCGUCAUCCAGGGUAUGUGUGUGUGUUGCAGUUGUUAUGGGGGUCUGGGCCGCUCAGGACUCAUCGCCGCGUGUUUGUUGCUGCAGCUCUCCGUCUCCAUGACGCCUGCUAAAGCCAUCGAGAUCCUGAGAGAGCUGAGAGGGAGUGGAGCCAUUCAGACUGUCAAACAAUACAACUUCCUGCACGAGUUUCGGGAGAAGAUCGCCACUUAUCAGGAAACCAAAGAAUCCAGAGCCUCCGAGAGAUGCGUCUCCAGAUAGCCCCGCCCCCACAUCCUCCAUACUUAACCCUCGCUUAAUGAGGUAGUGAGGAGUCUGAUCUCCAGCUGCGCUGAUAUUAAACUCUCACAUCAUGGGACUGAUAGUUUUUCCUACGUAUGCCUGGUGGCGUCUCUGAACACAGGGGUGCCAAUACUUUUUAACGGGGCCUGUAGCACGUGGUGGGUCAUGUGUGAAGCAGGUGUUUUUCCUCUGAGCAGCGCCUUAAACUGCAAUCAGUGUCAUUUAAUUUAACGCUUUCGCUAUUUCACUCUUUCUGCUUUAUUAUUAAUAUUAUAAUUAAAUGCUUUACGCCAGUGUCUGAUUGGUUCAAUAAAAACUCGAUCAGAUCUGGAGCAUUAAUCAGUAUCUUGAUUAAAUAUCUUUAAAAAAUUGGGCGUGUUGCGAACAGGAAGUCUGGAUCAAACACUAAAAUAACUGAAAACACUGAUGAGACGUUUUAAACCAGGAAUAUUCAUAAAUACAUAAACUCAGUUUUAGGUUUCGGCUCGGAUCAGGGGUCCGAGGGACAGGAAACUCUCCAGACGAGCGUUUAAGAAGACUCAAUCACUUUAUUGGGUUUUUUUGUGGUGUGUGGAGUGAAAAGAGCUGAUUUGGCACACACACACACGGUGUGAUCUGCACUGUGAGAUCAGAUCAGGAGCUGUGUGGAGUGUGUGGGGUGUAAUGUUGCACUGCGUUACACUCGGAUUGAGGAUCCGAGCUAAACGUGUUCCAGAGCUUCUACUGGGAAAAACACGGAUGUGCCCACGCUGUGUGUGUACCGACUCUGAAACUCAAACAUGGAGUGUGUGUGAUUAGUGAUGAGAAAUGACGUAUAUGGUCACGCAACUUAAAAGCUAAAUAACAACUGAAGUCCAGUUUAAAAUCCAGUACACACACACACACACACACACACACCUUCUCUCAGUCAAAUCAAGAAAAUCCACCAUUUUGGCUCCGUCUUAAAUGUUAGUUAUACCUUAGCGCUCAUACACGUUCUCACACAAUCACACUGCAUGCCAGUUUCUGUGUUCUGUGCUAACUACUCACGAGUUCUAACUUUUAAAACAGAAAUGCUCACGAACACAAGACUUUUGACACACGGCCAAAAAUGAGUGACUGACACCGACACUGACUAGUCACAAGCUCUGGUUUCGAACGAGACCAAAAUGGCUGACAACAAUACUGGGGAGAGGACACGAUGUGUGAUCAGUCCGUGAGCUGACAACA